CCACUGGCGAAAGGAAACAUUGAUAAAAAAAUGCUUAUUUACUUUCUCUCUUUUGCACCCGACUAUUUACUUAAUAAUAAUAGCAUUUCUUCACUAAACAACCGCCUUUGUUAUUCUUUUUCUUCAAAGGUUAUCUUGAACCGGGAUACCAACGCUCAGUGUGACCCUAACCUACUUCCCCAGCCCAAUCAUGUUAUGUUGAAUCACAUGUACGCCCUUUCCAUCAAGGACGGAGUGAUUGUCUUGUCAGCAAUAUCAAGGUAUCGUCAAAAGUUUGUCUCAACGGUUCUCUACAAACCCAUAUAA